AUGGAGCUGACGGGCCAAGAGGCGGCGGGCCCCGAGGAGGGACCGGGGGCGGCCGGCACCGACGAGGGAGGGGAAGAGAUCAGCCCCGAGGUGGCAGCAGAGUGGAGCUCGGACGGCCCCCUACCGGUUUGGCCGCGGGGCGGGGAGAUGGCGGCCCCUCAGGGCGGGGCGACGGCGGAUCUUGAGGUCGGAGGGAGGAGUGAGGGGCGGGGCAAGCGGGACGGAGCGGACGCGCCAGAAAAAGGGCAGCGGGAGAGCGGGAGUGGAAAGGCCCCGGGGAAGCCCGAGGGCGAGGCGAGGAAGCCGGGUGACCGGCGUCCCAGCUCGUUCUUGGAGAGGUACUGGGAGGGGUCCCAGGAGCGCUACCGGGAGAGGACCGCGAAGCGGCCGGCCCAGGGCACGGGGCAGGUCAAGUGGAAUUAUCCUUUGGAGAAGAAGCCCAACUGGUUGGAUAUCCCGGGGACGUCGGAGAGGCAGGAGCCCGAGACCCUCCGAGCGGAGAGGAAGGAAGCCACCGCCUCUUCGGAGCCCGUAGUCCAGCGGCCCACGAUCACAUUCAAUCUCUCCCCGAGAACUGGCCGCCAGUUGCUGUAUUCUAUCUCCUCGUUUAGUGUCUUUAACGAGCUGGCGAAGAUGGGCGACCCGAACGUCCUGGAAAUGGUGCAGGAGGAAGAAAGAAGAGUCAGUAGGGAAGCAGACUAUAUUUUUGAAAUGAAUGAGCAGAGCCUGAGCAGCAGAGAGACCAGCUUUCUCAUCAAGGAAGAACCAACGCCUGCAAAAAGAUACAAUUUGUUCCUGAGGCGCCGUCUUAUGUUUCAAAAAGACAAACAAAGCAAAGACUCUAUCUUCUUCCGAGAUGGGAUUAGGCAAAUUGAUUUUGUGCUUUCUUAUGUUGAUGACGUAAAGAAAGAAGCAGAAUUAAAGGCGGAAAGGAGAAAAGAGUUUGAACAAAAUCUCAGAAAAACGGGUCUUGAGUUGGAAAUUGAAGACAAAAUGAACUCGGAAGAUGGAAGAACUUACUUUGUCAAGAUCCAUGCUCCUUGGGAGGUAUUAGUUACUUACGCUGAAGUGUUGGGAAUCAAAAUGCCCAUUAAGGAGAGUGAUAUUCCCCAACCUGAGAACAUCCCCUUUAGGUUUUUGCUUGGGCCUCUGAAGCUCGCAAGGAAUGUGAAGCAUCCUCAUCCUGAAUAUUUCACUGCCCAGUUCACCAGACAUCGGCAGGAACUCUUCCUCAUUGAUGACCAGUCAAGCUUCUUUCCAUCCUCAGCAAGAAACAGAAUUGUUUAUUAUAUUCUCUCACGAUGUCCUUUUGGCAUAGAAGAUGGGAAGAAAAGGUUUGGGAUUGAAAGACUUCUAACUUCUCACACUUACUCAUCUGCCUAUCCACUCCAUGAUGGUCAAUAUUGGAAGCCAUCCGAACCUCCUAAUCCUGUCAAUGAAAGGUACAUACUUUUCCAGAAUUGGGCUCGGUUUUCGUAUUUCUACAAGGAGCAACCUCUAGACCUGAUUAGGAAUUAUUAUGGAGAAAAGAUUGGCAUGUAUUUUGUCUUUCUCGGAUUUUACACUGAAAUGCUGUUCCUUGCAGCUGUGGUUGGCUUAACUUGUUUUAUUUAUGGCUUAUUAUCAAUGCAGAGUAACACAAGCAGCACAGAAAUCUGUGACCCUCAGAUUGGAGGCCAGAUUAUCAUGUGCCCACUCUGUGAUGUGACGUGUGAUUAUUGGAGACUAAAUUCUACAUGUUUGGCUUCGAAGAUUUCCCAUUUGUUUGACAAUGAGUCAACAGUGUUCUUUGCAAUAUUCAUGGGAAUUUGGGUCACACUGUUUUUGGAGUUUUGGAAACAGCGUCAAGCCAGACUGGAAUAUGAGUGGGACCUGGUGGACUUUGAGGAGGAACAGCAGCAGCUUCAGCUGAGACCUGAGUUUGAAGCUAUGUGUAAACAGAGGAAAAUGAAUCCAGUGACUAAGGAGAUGGAACCUUACAUGCCUCUAUAUAGUCGGAUUCCAUGGUACUUUUUGUCAGGAGCCACCGUGACAUUAUGGAUGUCUCUUGUCAUUGCUUGUAUGGUAGCUGUGAUUGUGUAUCGCCUGUCGGUCUUUGCCACAUUUUCCAGCUUCAUGGAAAGUGAAGCAUCCUUAAAACAUGUCAAAAGUUUCCUCACUCCUCAGUUAACCACAGCGCUCACUGGAUCAUGCUUGAACUUUAUUGUCAUCUUGAUCUUGAAUUUCUUUUAUGAAAAGAUAUCUGCCUGGAUUACAAAAAUGGAAAUUCCUCGAACUUACCAGGAGUAUGAAAGCAGUCUGACCUUGAAAAUGUUCAUGUUCCAGUUUGUCAAUUUUUACUCGUCCUGCUUCUACGUCGCUUUCUUUAAAGGGAAGUUUGUGGGCUAUCCUGGAAAGUACACAUAUUUGUUUAAUGUGUGGAGAAGUGAAGAGUGUGAUCCUGGAGGCUGUCUAGUAGAAUUGACAACCCAGUUGACCAUAAUAAUGACUGGGAAACAGAUCUUCGGAAACAUUAAAGAAGCCAUUUAUCCGUUGGUUCUAAAUUGGUGGAGACGCCGAAAAGCUCGGACCAACUGUGAAAAGCUGUACAGUCGAUGGGAGCAGGAUCAUGACCUUGAAACUUUUGGAUCUCUCGGGCUAUUCUACGAAUACUUAGAAACAGUAAUCCAAUUCGGAUUUGUUACGUUAUUUGUGGCCUCUUUUCCUUUGGCCCCUCUUCUUGCUCUCUUGAAUAAUAUUAUAGAGAUCCGAGUGGAUGCCUGGAAACUUACUACUCAGUACAGGAGACCUGUGGCUGCUAAAGCUCAUAGCAUAGGUGUUUGGCAAGACAUUCUCUAUGGAAUGGCUGUUAUUUCUGUUGCAACUAAUGCUUUUAUUGUUGCAUUUACAUCAGACAUGAUUCCUCGUUUAGUUUACUACUAUGCCUACUCAAGAAAUGCCAGUGAACCUUUGAAAGGAUAUAUCAAUAACAGCCUGUCAACAUUCCUGAUAGCUGAUAUACCAGACCACACUGCGCCUGUGGAAAAACGAGACUUCACCACUUGCAGGUAUAGAGAUUACAGAUACCCUCCUGAUCAUGAUCAGAAAUACUUUCAUAAUAUGCAGUUCUGGCACGUCCUUGCUGCCAAGAUGACCUUCAUCAUAGUUAUGGAGCACAUUGUGUUUCUAGUUAAAUUUUUGUUGGCCUGGAUGAUCCCUGAUGUUCCAAAAGAUGUUCUGGAGAGAAUCAAGCGAGAAAAGCUAAUGACUAUCAAGAUUCUCCAUGACUUUGAGCUUAAAAAAUUAAAAGAAAACUUGAUAGUUGGUUCUAAUGAAUUUGCCAAGGAAGUCAUGAUUCAGGAAAACAAAGCACAGCUGGCCAAAUCAACAAUCUAGUCAACAAAAUGAGUAAGCAGCUGGUUGCCUGUUUGGCGUUACAUUUCCCCUGGGUUAGGGCCAGACGCCAGGAGCCAUGUGUCAAUUUUACCCCUUCUCCUUGUUGUUCUUUUUUUUUUUAAGUCAGUGUUUCUGUACGCUUUUGUAGAGGCUAACUUUGUGAGGUCAGAAGAGUACCACUUGUCUGCUCUGUUGGCUGGGCCUUUCCUAGGUAUUGUUUUCUGGGACUCUAUAAAUGUUUGUUGAAAGUGCGUGUGAAAUCAGAAUAUGGAAAAUCAUGGAAUGUCCCAGUUUGUAAGGAAACAGUGGACUCGGGCUGUCCCAUUACCUUCCAGAGAAUCUGCACAUUUUCAUGUCUUCUCCUGGGUUGUUUUAUAUCUCUUUCCCAUCAAGAAAAAUGUUGGGACAAAAAGAAAAGAAGUGAAGGGGCCUAAUGAGCCAUAUUUAUCCUGCCAUUUUAGACUAUGCAAAUGAAAAACCAAAAUCAGAUGACAUAAGAAAACCACGUAUUAAAUAUACUGGGUAAAUAUCAUGGCGAGGGUUUAUUUCCAGAAUUGUCCAGAAUAAGUUAUGUUUCCAUCAGAAUCCCAGAUAGCCCUUCCAGGUAAAUGCAAAAUUGAUUUUUCAAGAGACUGAAUAUUUGGGUUUCAAGAAAAGACUAACAACUCAAUUCUUUAAAGACAAUAUUUGGAGAAAAAUAAUUUUAAGACUGGAUUGUCUUAUCUGGAAAAGGGCUUUAAGAAGUCAUUAGAUUGCUUCAGGUCUUUGAGUAAAUAAAAGCUAUCAUAUAGCAGUGAAUCUCUCUUCUUAGUAGGUAAGGAGUAUAAGACAAUGCACAUUGAUAGUUUAUUGACAAUGUAAAAAAUUGUUGAAUUAUAUAAAAAAAUCAUUUGUCUUCUACAAUGACUUUUUACAUCAUGAAGCUUGUUUAAGCAUUAGCUAUUUGCGUAAGUUAGGUACAAGUUGUUUAUGAAAUUUUAUUUCUUUGUUUAAGUCAAUCUCAAAUCUUUUAAUGCAUUUACAAUUUUUUGUAUUGAUUCAUCCCUUUAUAUAAUGUUCCGUGCCUUGUCCGUAUGACUUGGACCCACAAGCAGCUGUUGAUUUGCUGUGAUGUAACAUCUCAAAUGUGAGCCUACUCUAGAGAAAUUGUCAGUUUAACAUCAACUACAGAGUUUAACACCAAAAAUGAAUGAACUAAGUAAGAAUGAAGUAAUGGACUUGAUAGCUAAGUUUAAAAAAAAAUUGUUGAAUUAUUUCUCUCAUACUUACGCCAAUGGCACAUGUAUGCUAGUUCUUAUUCUUCUUUCCCUUAAAAUGCCAUAAGUAUAUAUAUAUAUAUAUUUUAACAUUAUAGAUGAGAGUUACUUUUCAAUUAUAUAUUAUUUGAAUCUCUAGUUUUAAAUUACAUUUCAGUUUCAAAAGAAUAGGGUUUUUUAAUUGCACAUGAAAGAAAAAACUUCACACUUUUUUAAAAGUAGUGUUUCAUUAUUUGAUGCUAAUAUAUUUUUAUGGAAUUGUCAGUAUUAAGUGUAUGGCAGGUGGUAUUAACUAAUGAUCGAUAUUAAGUGUUUAGAUCUGAGGAUUAUGAAUUUUAUAAAACCAUGAGACUGUUAUCCCAAUAUCAGCAGUAAUGAUUUGUCAUCCAUCAUUUUCAUAGAUCUUAUGAAUUUUUUUGUGUAAUUUGAAAUGAUCUUAUUAUUGAAGCAUGAUUUUGCAUGUGGAGAAGAUAUUUUUCUUGCUUGAGAAAACCAGUCACUGUUAUUGUGAAAUAAGCCACCGAUGUAGUAUGUUUGACUUGUUAAUUAAACUCUGCAUUACUAUGAUGUUAUACAUUGUGCACAGCUCUUUUGCUUCUUUCUUAGGUGCUAAUAAAAAUAAGA